UGUUAUGGUUCUUAGUGUGCAAGUGAUUUUCCGCAUUUAAUACGUAAACGAUAGCACUCAAUGAUAUACUGCAGACUUGAAGAACGUACAUCAUCUCCAAAAAGAAACAUGCAGAAGAGCUGUCAAGUAUGAAGCAUUAAAACACAGGAAGCGGGAGAAUCUUUCAAGAGCAUAAUGAACAAAAGAAAACGACUUAAACCAGGUGUUAAACCUGUGGCAAUGGUUGUUUCAGCGGAUAAAGAGGUUGAGGAUAGUAUGCUAAACAAAAGUUGGUUGUUGACUCUUUCACUGGAAAUUUUGUGUCAUAUUUUAGAUCAUCUUCCCUUGAAGGAUGUGAUGAAAAUGGAUCACAAAUCUAAAAAGCUACAUGAAGCAGUAUCACUUCAUUUGCGAGUUAGGAAGAAAAUUGAUUUCACAGAGAAGGAUGUUUUUGGUUGGAUGUCUGACAAAAUAACAGAUAAAACUUUGAACAAUCUUUUGAUUCGCUGUCGAGAUGUAGAAUAUAUUCAAGGUUUGCAUGUACCAUAUAUAGCCAAACGCCGUACCAGAGGUUUAGAUACGUUGAGUGUCCCUGGAAUCACGGAAGCUUUGGAUUUAUGUAAAAAUCUCAAAGGAAUUGAAAUUUCGGACAUUUACCUUCUUGAGGCUGUUUUGGCUUAUCUACCAGAGGUGGAAAUAUUAGGAACUUUCAAGAAUAGGAUUGGAAAUUUUCCAUUUGAUGAUGCAAACAAACUGAGAUUAUCAGAAAACCCCAGAAUUACAUCCCUGCACCUGAUUGGUGUAUGUAUUCCAGACUUGCCUCCGCUUAUGUUCUUGAAGCAUCUACAGUUGCGAUGGGUACACUUGUCAGGCCAGCAUCCAUUUAUGGACUUUGCUGCACCUCAGCUGCAGACAUUUGUAAUGGCUCACUGCGGGGGACCAGCCAAUUCUAACCCACUCAAGUAUGUACGACUGAUUGCUUCUCUUGCCACAUCACAGAAUUUGAAAAGGCUGGAACUAAUACGAGUGCCAAUCUUAGGAGGACUCAUCCAACAUGUUGUAGAAGAUAGCUGGAGAAUUGAAGGCUUCAAAAAGAUCAACCACCUGAAGUUUGGAGCAUGUAAAUUCAUCCUGGAGAUGGAUGUUGGUUACAUGGUCAUCACAGCUGCUCCAAAUAUGGAGGAAUUGUGUCUACAGCCUUCACUAACCAAGGACAGUCUGUUCAUUUCGCUACGUCUUGCAGAUGUUUCUUUUAGAUUCCUUCAAACUCUACAUCUUGGAUUUGUGGAUGCUUUUCCAGAGCCAGGACAGUGGACAAAUGAAGACCUGGCUGCAGAACACUUGUCAGAUGUGGUGGAACACCCAGCAAUGGUGACAGACAUUGGGAUGAAAUCUGUUGGGCAGUGUUUCCCUGAACUCAAACAUGUACAGAUCUACAACUGUCCACACAUACACAAACCGACAGCCUGGCUUAUACCUGGAGCACAAGCAUGGUCGCAGCUGAGGGAACUGUAUCUACGGCGAUGCCAUGCCGUACGACUAGCCGACUUCUGUCUGUUCAUCGAGCAACUUCCCAACCUGGAGCUAUUGCAUCUGGAACAUAUGUUCCGUGAACCUCCCAAGGGUUGUUCCAGGGUGGGGCUGAGUGCUGGUACCGGUCUUGGAAUGUCCUCGGCUCUUGUGGGAAACCACCAUGGACCCAAUGUCUCCAAUGUUGUUGAUGCCAGCGAUGAUUCGGAUAAUGAAAAUGACAAUAAUAAUAAUGAACUGGUACAUCAGGGGUUUGGUGAUGACCAAGGAGGAGCAGAACCUGUACCAGCCAAUCAGGAAGGCAUUAGUAAACCACCUGAUGAAGAAGGCAGUGGAUUAGCCAAUCAAAUUGCUGAAGAUAAUAUUUUAACAAAUUUAGAAAAAACCAAAGAAUGCUUAAUGUCACAUGACAUGGCAUCAUCCAAUCAGAGAUCAGGAACAAGUGGAAUAUCACAUGAUCGGAUAUUCAUGCGUAAUGAAGCAGAAGCAUGUCUGCCAGGACAAAAGCCGAGUAGUAUUUCAGGGGACCCGAAGAAGGUUCUACCAGUGUGUGAGAGUUCUUACACUGAAAACAAAAUAGACGAGGCUAUGAGUCAGAUGAAGGCAGAGCAUGAGAUUGAGCUGGAGGAGGAAAGGUUAGAGGUCGUUGAUGAGGAUGAUGCAUUUCUUUUGCAUGGUGAAGAUAUGGCAGACGACACCUGGUCAGACGAGGAACAAAGUUCAGAUGGCCAGGACUUGGGUGUGGACGGACAGGAAAGCAAAUCAGGAAAAAAUACUAAUGAUGUUGGUAAAACACAGGGUUCAGAUGAACAAGAUAAAAAAUGUGAAGAUAUGACAGAUCAACGGAAGGAUUCACCAAGUUGUCCUAGCAUUUCCGAAAAUGUAGAAAAGAUGGAUGUUUCUGAAUGUUUGACAACAGAAAACAAUAAAGUUGUUCAUGUGCCUGAUAGUCCUGCUGAAGUUGAAGAAGGAAGCCAAUGUAUGGAUACCACAGAACCCUCUGCAGGGAGGACUGACCAGGCUAUCUCUAAGGAUUGCAUAAGCAAUGUUGUGUGCCUGACAGAGGAUAACAAGAUGGCAGACUUAGACAGUAAAAUUGGUGAUUUAACUAACCAAAGUGAUUUCCACUGUUGCCACUGUCAGAGUGCCAGUAAAGCUCAAACACACAAUUUUACCAGUUGUAAAGGUCAAGGUUACAGUAUAUCCAAAGGUCACCAACAAAAUCAUAUUCAUUGCAAAUUAGAAGAGCAUCAGUCUGGAAAUUGGGGUCAAGGACAUGAUAAAAUUGAUAAUGAUAAUCAAUAUCAAUGUAAAAUUGAGGGUCAAGGAGAAAGUAAGACAGAUAAUGAGGGUCGGAGACAAUGUCAAUGUAACAUUGAAGGUCAAGGACAAAGUAAGAUAGAUAAUGAUGGCCAGAGACAAUGUAAUAUGGAAGGUCAAGGACGAAGUAAGACAGAUAAUGAGGAUGAAGUUGAUGAAGAAACGGUUCUGAUUGUAAGAAGAGAAGAGCCAAGAGGUUACAAAGUCACAAGUGAAAAAGUCAACAGAUCAGAGAAAGUCAUACAGGAGAACAACAUCACACUGUCAGGGGAAACCCCACACAGGGACAGAUGUCAGGGGAUAGUAUCUAAUGUUGUUAUCAUGUUGGGGAUGACCAUGCACAGGCCUAAAGCCACGGGGACCAGGCAGCUGGGACGUGACAUUGUGGUCACAAUCUCUGGUCGCAGUACGUACGUGGGGUCAGGUGAAAUUGAUGUGUCCAUUGUUAAUGGUAAAAAGAUCAUCGCAAUAUUACAGACCGACAUUCCUAGUGGUCCGUGUGAGACACUCAGUGAUGUGUUACAUAACUGUGGUUUGCCUUCAAUCCUGCAUAUUAUCACUGAAGGAGAUUUACGGAAAAUCAGCAUGGUACAACGGCAAGCAAGUGAUGUAGGAAAUACUUCGUCAGAGACGCAUACAUCUACAGUCUUAAGUAAUGAAAAUACGAAUCAGAACGGAAGCAAAGAAUGUCACUUAAAGGCCAAUAAGGAUAAGAAAAAGGAUGAAAGUUUUCAAAAUGAGGGAAAUUCAACUCAAGGUCAAAAGGAGAUUUUAAGUCUGCAGGAUGAAUUGGCAGAAGGAUCUGAAGAGAAAAAUACAUCCAACAGUGAUUUAUGUUGCCAUAAAAAGCAACGUACGAAUAGGACUGAAGAUAAUACAGAUGCAUCAGACAGGGGUAGCCUUAUCAGUACAUCACACGAUACUAGAUCUGAUGAAGAGAAUGCAAAAGUAGAUGAAAGAAAUGUGGAAAAAUCAAAAACAGAUAAAAAAGGUCAGUCACAGAGUUACAUCCCAGACCAGGACAUCAUUAGCUGUAUCACCAUGUCAGGUGAUCAGGCUCCUGUUUGUGACAUAAUUACAUGUACAGGUCCAGUACAGGAUCAGGCCCAAAACCAGGCAAAUGAAACCAUCAGAGGGAAGAGUCCAAUACAUGAUCAGGGCACAAGCCAGGGUACAGGAAAUAAGAGCCCAUUGGAGGAUCAGGCCCCAAACCAGGAUAUGGUCAGAAGUAAGAGCCCAUUGGAGGAUCAGGCCCCAAACCAGGAUAUGGUUAGAAGGAAGAGUCCAAUACAUGAUCAGGGCAAAAGCCAGAGUACAGGAAGUAAGAGCCAAGUGGAGGAUCAGGCCCCAAACCAGGAUUUGGUAAGAAGUAAGAGCCCUGUAGAUGAUCAGGCCCCAAAUCAGGGUUUGGUUAGAAGUAAGAGCCCAGUAGAUGAUGAGGCCCCGAAUCAGGAUUUGGUUAGAAGUAAGAGCCCAGUAGAGGAUCAGGCCGUCGACAGGGAUAUGAUACGAUGUGACUUCCCUGUAAGAGGUAUACUACAUACUUGCUCUGGUAUGGUUGUCCUCCUCUCGCCCUGUUGUCAGAUGUACGGUAACAUGAGGAUCAGGGAUGCUCAGGUCAGUCCCCCUAUCCCUCCCAGUGCUAUGGGUGCGUUUUGGUCGUGUACUGUUGACGAUCCAGGCCCGUCUACUGUGGCCGACCCUAAGUUAGCCGUUACAAAGGUAGACAACUCCAUACAAAGGGGACAAGACAAUGACAAGGCAUGUCAGACUCGUGCUACAGCCUCACAGAGUGACCCUUCAAACCAGGUCAUCAGCUGCCUCUCCAUGGGGGGUCCAACCACUCACAACUCAGUUGGAGUUUCCACGAUCAGUAACGCCAGGCCUCCUGUAGACAGUUAUGUGGCUGGUAAGAGGAUGAUUGACCAGGCGACUAGUACCAGUGACCCUGUGAUUGAGGAUGACCACAUACAAAUACUGGAAGUUAAGUCCAAGAGUCUGCUGUGUCUAUCACUAAACAUGGUUGGAAUCACCGAUCUUGUCCUCACCGACUGUCCCAAGCUUGGUCGCGUCACAGGUUGUGCCUGCCGAGUGUUGAAAAAAGUGAAAACAGUAUCUGUCCCCAAACUUCAGAAGAUGUCCUUUGCCCAAUGUAGGAAACUUGAUGAGGAAUCACUGUUAGAUGAGAUAACUUCUUUGUCAGCCACCAAAAAUCGUGUAAUCUACCUCCGUCCACUACACAAGUUUGAUAGAGCCAGUCUGGAGAAGAGGCUGUUUGGAGGACCUGAUGGGAACUAUGGGCUUUGUGUGGUGUAUGACUACAACCCUUCUCCCCAGGACUCUAUGUACAACAGGACCAGAGUAUCUACCUGGCCUAACCUCUUCAUCGGUAUAAACCUAGAGUUACUCCAGUCAUAUAACUUCAGACAAUUGGAUGGUGUGCUGUCCUCCAAGUACCCCUUGGAUCGCAUGGUAUAUACCAUGGCUGGGGAAAAUGACAAUGGGUCUAAAUGGGAGCUGAUAACAGAUAUCCCCUGGUUACGACCACUAUCAGAAUGUUCUGAUCUGUCGGAGAGUAGAAUUUCAGCCCAGGAUAAGAAAGCUGGAGUGUAUUGUCCAGCAGCUAAAGGCCAUUUUAGUGUGACCGAAUGUCUCGUGGACCUUCAGAAUGAUAUCGCAGAGAAACAGGCAACAGGAAUCGGUCUGAUGGCUUACUCAGUAGUUGUUUACAUAAACAUGUGUGAUGUGUCCGGCGUACCAGUACAUGACCCCUACAUAUAACACAGUGGUAUUUUCAUGCACUUACAUGUAGUCAGAGGUAUUUGCUUAUGUUUCUUAUUCUAGUAAAUUUAAUGGGACUUGAAUGGCCCCUUUUCCAGUAAUGAAGAUUGACUCUGGUUAGCUAGAUCCCGACAAUCGUUUUAUAGACUCUAGUCUCAGUUCUGCGGUAUAUUGAAUGUUUUAUAUAAUGUUAUCCUGCGUGUUAAGUUUACUGCAUCUUUGCUAUGUCAACAUGAUGUCGCUGUAAUAUCAUGAACCAUGCUUGUGCUGUUCAUGCCAAUUUGUAUCCAGCACAAGUAUACAUAAAGUCUUGUAUAAUAAGGUCUUUGUAAAGGAUUAAAAUAUAGUUUGUUUUGUGCAAUACAGAGGUUAUGUGCUGUGGAAAACAAUAGAUGGAUGAUGAAUAUGUUGUGGAAAACAGUAGAGGGGUGAUGAAUGUGUUGUGGAAAACAAUAGAUGGAUGAUGAAUAUGUUGUGGAAAACAAUAGAGGGAUGAUUGAUGUGUUGUGGAAAACAAUUGAGGGGUGAUUGAUGUGUUGUAGAAAACAAUAGAGGGAUGAUGAAUGUGCUGUGGAAAACAAUAGAGGGAUGAUUGAUGUGUUGUGGAAAACAAUAGAUGGAUGAUGAAUGUGUUGUGGAAAACAAUUGAGGGGUGAUGAAUGUGUUGUAGAAAACAAUAGAGCGGUGAUGAAUGUGUUGUAGAAAACAAUAGAGGGGUGAUGGAUGUGUUGUAGAAAACAAUAGAGCGGUGAUGAAUGUGUUGUAGAAAACAAUAGAGGGGUGAUGAAUGUGUUGUAGAAAACAAAAGAGGGGUGAUGAAUGUGUUGUAGAAAACAAAAGAGGGGUGAUGAAUGUGUUGUAGAAAACAAUAGAGGGGUGAUGGAUGUGUUGUAGAAAACAAUAGAGGGAUGAUUGAUGUGUUGUAGAAAACAAUAGAGGGGUGAUGGAUGUGUUGUAGAAAACAAUAGAGGGAUGAUUGAUGUGUUGUAGAAAACAAUAGAGGGGUGAUGGAUGUGUUGUAGAAAACAAUAGAGGGAUGAUUGAUGUGUUGUAGAAAACAAUAGAGGGGUGAUGGAUGUGUUGUGGAAAACAAUAGAGUGAUAAUGAAUGUGUUGUAGAAAACAAUAGAGUGAUAAUGAAUGUGUUGUAGAAAACAAAAGGGGGGUGAUGGAUGUGUUGUGGAAAACAAUAGAGGGGUGAUGAAUGUGUUGUAGAAAACAAUAGAACGGUGAUGAAUGUGUUGUAGAAAACAAUAGGGGGAUGAUGGAUGUGUUGUGGAAAACAAUAGAGGGGUGAUGAAUGUGUUGUAGAAAACAAUAGAACGGUGAUGAAUGUGUUGUAGAAAACAAUAGGGGGGUGAUGGAUGUGUUGUGGAAAACAAUAGAGGGGUGAUGAAUGUGUUGUAGAAAACAAUAGAGGGGUGAUGAAUGUGUUGUGGAAAACAAUAGAGGGGUGAUGAAUGAGUUGUGGAAAACAAUAGAGGGGUGAUGGAUGUGUUGUGGAAAACAAUAGAGGGGUGAUGAAUGUGUUGUAGAAAACAAUAGAGGGGUGAUGAAUGUGUUGUAGAAAACAAUAGAGGGGUGAUGAAUGUGUUGUGGAAAACAAUAGAGGGGUGAUGAAUGUGUUGUGGAAAACAAUAGAGGGGUGAUGAAUGAGUUGUGGAAAACAAUAGAGGGGUGAUGAAUGAGUUGUGGAAAACAAUAGAGGGGUGAUGAAUGAGUUGUGGAAAACAAUAGAGGGGUGAUGAAUGUGUUGUAGAAAACAAUAGAGGGGUGAUGAAUGUGUUGUAGAAAACAAUAGAGGAGUGAUGAAUGUGUUGUGGAAAACAAUAGAGGGGUGAUGAAUGUGUUGUAGAAAACAAUAGAUGGGUGAUGAAUGUGUUGUGGAAAACAAUAGAGGGGUGAUGAAUGUGUUGUAGAAAACAAUUGAGGGGUGAUGAAUGUGUUGUGGAAAACAAUAGAUGGAUGAUGGAUGUGUUGUAGAAAACAAUAGAGUGAUAAUGAAUGUGUUGUGGAAAACAAUAGAGUGAUAAUGAAUGUGUUGUAGAAAACAAUAGAGGGGUGAUGAAUGUGUUUUGGAAAACAAUAGAGGGGUGAUGAAUGUGUUGUGGAAAACAAUAUAUGAGUGAUGAAUGUGUUGUGGAAAACAAUAGAGGGGUGAUGAAUGUGUUGUGGAAAACAAUAGACGGGUGAUGAUUGUGUUGUGGAAAACAAUAGAGGGGUGAUGGAUGUGUUGUAGAAAACAAUAUAUGAGUGAUGAAUGUGUUGUGGAAAACAAUAGAUGGAUGAUGGAUGUGUUGUAGAAAACAAUAGAGGGGUGAUGAAUGAGUUGUGGAAAACAAUAGAGGGGUGAUUGAUGUGUUGUAGAAAACAAUAGAGUGAUAAUGAAUGUGUUGUGGAAAACAAUAGAGUGAUAAUGAAUGUGUUGUGGAAAACAAUAGAGUGAUAAUGAAUGUGUUGUAGAAAACAAUAGAGGGAUGAUGGAUGUGUUGUAGAAAACAAUUGAGGGGUGAUGAAUGUAUUGAAGAAAACAAUUGAGGGAUGAUGGAUGUAUUGUAGAAAACAAUUGAGGGGUGAUGAAUGUGUUUUGGAAAACAAUAGAGGGAUGAUGGAUGUGUUGUAGAAAACAAUAGAGGGGCUAUUAUUGUGUUGUUGUGGAAGUGUUUGUUUGACGCUUCAGUGUAAAGUGAUUACAUCAUGUUUACACUGGCCAGCACUUUCUCGUGAAUCUACAACCGAAAACUGUGAUAUACCACACUCGUUCUUUAAUACAUAAAUGGUGCAAUUAAAAGAGCCAGUCAAUAAAAAUAUAUUUUUCAAUAAAUUGUUUUUUAUA